AUGACGAUACAUACCCACAAGAACACCGACUCGACCUCGAUUGCGAGCGAAAGCCCUACGGUUCAGCUUCCUGCUUACAGCGAAAGCGAUGCACAUAGCAAUGCUGGAUAUGAGAUGGUCGAUCCUCCUCACUCUGCCGAUCAAUCCACAUAUAUGACAGCAGAAGAAGAGAAGGCCUACCUUGGCAGCCGGAGUGACCAAGAAGCGCCUACCCUUCAGCGUCAUGCGCAAAUCGAAGGACCGCACGAAGGAAAUGCGCAAAGUCGAAUCACUUCACCAACACCUCUGGACAUCCAUGAACAGUCUCAAUCUAGCGGUCCAUCUGCAGCACUAGGUUCUCGUGGCCUCCAGGUCCCUUCGUCUCGUGCCAAGGUGUCAUCUGGCUUCCCAUAUCCAGAUAUGCUCAACAGCUAUGGCGUCAGCCCUAAGGAAUGGAGCACGUUUACCUCUGAAAUCACUCGCGCGGCUCAACUAAGUAGCAAAGAUUGGACCAUCACUGUCGGUGCUAGUGUAGCGACCUUUCUCGCUUCUGGCAUCUUCAUUAACUGGCUGGGAUUGAUUCCUGCCGUCGUCGUUGGGCAUCAUCUCCGCAAGUCGACGGAGCACAAGAACCUUCGAGCAGCCAGGGAUUCGGGAGAUCUCGAGGCCAAGCUCUUGAAAUGGAAUCAGACCAGCUUUGCGCCAAGAGGGUUCUUGGUCCGCCUUGACUUACCGGGCGACGAAUUGAGCGAUCUGACCGGACAGGAUGUUUUCACACCGAAGAAAUGGGCCGGGUGCUGUGGUGGUGGUCGCCACACUCGUGCAAGAUCAUGUGGUGGGGGGAAUAAAUGGGCAGGCAAGACCGAGAAGAGAGCACAAUACUUGCAAAGGAAGGCCGCCAAAAGGGGAAGGAUUGUCAUCGUUCCACUUGACGGAGUCAAUCGUUCCAUGCCGGGCUCGUCAGCAAACGUUGAGAAGACCAUGGACCAGAACCCUCUGUCAGAGUCAGAGAAAGGUCUGGUUGCGAUCCGUGAAGUUUGA